CCACAGAGAGGAAACUCACUCUCAAAAAAUCCACCUGCUUACGAUGACAACAUUGAGGAUGAGGAUUCAACCACCGAGAAACUAACAUUCGAUCUACACAUUGCUAAAUUAUCAGAGCAACUACAACUUAUCAAAAUCUUUGAACGUUUUCAGAUAUAUCUUUUGUGCGUCUAG